CACAAUGUCCUCUGGCAACGUCGUGCUCGAAACCUCCAUGGGCCCGAUCACCAUCGAGCUCUACUGGCACGAAGCCCCGCGCACCUGCAAAAACUUUUACGAGCUCGCUCGCCGCGGCUCCUACAACUCUGUGAUCUUCCACCGCAUCAUCGCGGACUUCAUGAUCCAGGGCGGCGACCCCACCGGCACCGGCCGCGGCGGCUCGUCCAUAUACGGCGGCAAGUUCGAAGACGAAAUCACAAGGGCGCUCAAGCACACGGGCGCUGGUGUGCUCAGCAUGGCCAACUCGGGACCAAACACCAAUGGCUCGCAGUUCUUCAUUACGCUGGCACCCACGCCGCACCUGGACGGCAAGCACACGGUGUUUGGCAGGGUCAAGGAGGGCAUGGACGUCGUGCGGAGGAUGGGCCUGGUCGCCACCGAUAGAAACGACCGGACCGCGCGAAGACGAAAUCACGUAGAAAAAUAG